AUGCAACAUUCUACGGCAAGCCGAAGGGCCCAAAAAAAAGACAGAUUCGGUGCACGUUGGCUAAAGCCUUUGAGGUUGGACGAAAUAUCCGACAAGCAGGUGGUUCGUUGCGGCUUGUAUUGUUACCUGAGGGUGCCCGACGCUCCGUUGAAUCAUGGCUGACCAUAUAGCGGCGAUGUGCGAGCAGCUCAUCAAGGCUCUGAAUGUGACCAUGGACGCAGAAUCCACGCAAAUUUACCGACUGGAGGCCCUCAAGUUUUUUGAGGAAUUUAAAGAGAAAAGCGACCUGUGUGUCCCCUGUGGCUUGAAUUUAGCAGACAAAGCUCACGCCGCUGUCAUCAGGCACCUCGGGUUGCAAAUAUUGGAGCAUGUCAUCAAGUACCGAUGGAAUGACAUGCAGCAACAAGAAAAAGUCCAAGUAAAAGACUGCACCAUGCAGCUGUUACUAAAUGGUACACAUUCUAUUCUGGAGGAGGAAAGCUACAUUAAAGAUGUCCUCUCACGAGUGGUUGUGGAAAUGAUCAAGAGAGAAUGGCCUCAGAAUUGGUCAAACAUGCUCGAAGAGAUGGAAAGUCUGUCUGGCGAAGGGGCGACACAGACGGAAUUGGUCAUGCUGAUUUUGCUGAGGCUGGCGGAGGACGUGAUCACCUUCCAUACGCUUCCCCAUCAACGGCGACGAGACAUCCAGCAGACACUCUCACAGAACAUGGAGAGCAUCUUCAGCUUCCUGAUGGCCAUUCUCCAACUUAACAUUGACGAUUACCAAGCACUGAAAGGGUCGCCAGAACAUGAAAUGAAGGCCAGAGCCCACUGCAAAGUUGCCGUGGCGACCUUGAACACGCUGGCCGGCUACAUCGACUGGGUGUCCCUGGUGUACAUCACCUCGGGAAACUGCCGUCUGCUGGAGAGCUUGUGUCUGCUGCUGGGCCUGCCUGAGCUGCAGCUGGAGGCCGCCGAGUGCCUCCUCAUCGCCAUCAGCCGCAAGGGCAAGCUGGAGGAGAGGAAGCCUUUCAUGCUGCUUUUUGAUGACGUCGCCAUCAAUUACAUUCUUUCUGCAGCCCAGUCAGCAGAUGGGCCCACAUCCUCUGAAAGCCAAACAGUUCAGGUCGUGGAGCGGCGCUACUUGUUCCUGAAGAGGCUUUGUCAGGUGCUGUGUGCUCUGGGAAGUCAGUUCGUUUCUCUGGUGGGUUCUGAAGUCAAAGUGGAGGUUCCUCCAAACCUGAACAAGUAUUUGGAAGCUUUGCUGGCCUUCACCACACAUUCCAGCUUGUUUCUUAAGACGUCCACUCUGGCCACUUGGGCGUCCAUCUUCAGACAUGAGACGCUCUCCCGCGACCCCGUCAUUUUGGAGGCGGCCGUCAAAUACCUCAAAACAUCCACUACCAUCCUCUUCAAGACGGGCUUUCCAUCCAGAAAUGAUAACCCAAGCUGUCAGUACUCCCGGGUGGAUUUUGACAAUGAUGAGGAUUUCAACCCUUCCUUUAACUCUUUCCGGGCGCGGCUGGGAGAGGGCGUGAGAUGUGCGUGUAAACUAGUUCCAUCUGAGGCUUUUCUGAUGGCAGCCAUGUGGUUAAAAUACCAGCUGAACGACAGCAAUACCACAACUGAGACCGGCGAUGGCCUGGGCUCCCAGCAAUUUCCCCCAGCGCUCCAGUGGGAAGCUGUGACCAUCUUCAUGGAUUGUGUAAUUUCACAGAUCUUGAGGAGCGUUGAGGAGGAGAAGUUACCUGUGGAUCAGAGCAUGGAGCUGCUGCAGGGCUUGCUCAACUACAAAACCAAAGAUCCUGUCAUCAUGUCCUGCGUGCUCACUAACGUGUCAGCUCUCUUCCCGUUCAUCAAAAACAGACUGCAAUUACUGCCUGGGGUCCUUUGCAAGCUGUUUGAAACUGUUACAUUUGAGCCUGUGCAGGAAAAUAAGGCGCCACGCACCCGAGCUGUAAAUAACCUGAGGAGGCACGCCUGUUCUUCCAUCAUCAAGAUUUGCCGAGAUUACCCACAAUUUUUUUCGCCUAGUUUCGACAUGUUUUAUAAUCGCAUAAAGGAGAUGUUUGCCAGCGACGGCCUUCUGACUUUCAUGGAGAAAAGUGCACUGAUGGAGUCUCUGGUGCUCAUCAGUAACGAGUUUAAGGACUUUGAGAAGCAGAAGGCUUUUAUAGACGAACUGUUGGCCCCUGUGAUGGGAGAAUGGACCUCAGACGCGACGAAGGAGGUGGUUUGCGACCCCGCUGCAUUCAUGUCCUUUGUUGGAGCGGAUCAGGUGGUCAGUGAGCAGCGCACAGAGGUCGACACAGCCGGCCUCAACAGGGGGAGGCUGGGCUUCUGUUUGAACGCUGUGUUGGGUGUGGCGAAGCGGGCGCGCUGGCCUGCAGACCUGGAGGCCGCCAAAUCUGGAGGCUUUGUAGUGGCUUACACUUCAUCAGCAGCCCCCAUUUUUAGAAACGCUUGUGCUGCCCAGUUUUUAGCCUUCCUGCCUAACCUGCUGGCUCUUGUCAGAACUCUAAACAGUUUGUUUAUGCCAGAGAACAGAGCUCGUCUCAGUGAGACGUUCACCAGAGUGCAUGACCUGAUGGACGCAGAGAGAAAUCUGGUUCUUGCCAGCAUGGGAAUACAUCGGCGGCUACCUCCAGCGGCCUGUGAAGCAGCGGAGUGUAGUACCAGCGGAGAACGUCUAAGCAACACACGCAAGCGGCGUGAUCGGAAGCGGAAACGCGGAUGCCGAGCGGGACUAGCAGCAAAGCAAAAGGCUAAUCCCCAAAGAACACCGCUUCCCUCCAACCUGAAGCUGGAUUCAAAUGGAAGACACGAGCCUACUGGUCUGGGUCUGGCCCAGCCUCCAACUGAUACUUAUGAUGCACACCCAUUGAAAACAAACCUAGAACGAAUGCAGGGAUUUUUCAGCCAAACUUAUGACACCUGCUUCCACCUGCUGGGAAAUGCAGCGCUUUCCCUACAGCAGGACUUCUACAACAUCGACGGGCUUUCAGAAAAAAUAGCUGCCUCUGCUUUCUUCUCCCUCGAACAUGUGCCAGAUCACAGACUUCGCCCUGUGAUUCGCAUGUUCCUAAAACAGAUGGUACUGUCGUGUCCCGUGGAAUAUCACGACAAUCUCCUCUGCCCCCUGCUCGGCCCCCUGUUCAGCUACGUCUUUCAGAGUUUAAACAUGAAGUGGCAGGUCAUUAACCAGAGGACUGCUGUCAAUGGCGAGGAAAAUGAGGAGGUGGUGUGUCAGGAGAGUCAGGAGACUCAGGAGUUGCUGGAGGAGCAGCUGGUACGCCUUCUCACCAGGGAGGUGCUGGAUUUCAUCAUUGUAAGCUGUAUUUCACGAAAACUGCCCGAACCUGCUCCAAAUAAGGAAGAAAUAGAAGAGGAAGAUGGGAUGAUGGAUGCUACACCAGUGUCUUCUGCUGCAUCGGCUACAGAGGAGUUAACAGAGUUGGGAAAAACCCUGAUGAAGGAUGAGAAUAUCUACAUGAGCCUGUUGUCCUUUUCCUUCACGUCGCUGUCAUGGAAGGACGCCACGUACUGUCACCGCACGGCUUCCAUCAUCUGCUGGACACUUCUGCGCCAGGUGAUUGGACGCAACAUUCUUCCCGAGGCAGUCUCUUGGUUCUACAUCAGUGUUCUCAAGGCCCUGCAGGUUCACGGGCAGCACGAGGUCUGCAGCGCCAGCCUCUCCCAGCUGGCCAUGCACAUCUACGACAACCUGCGCCCUCGUUACGCCGAGCUGAGAUUAGUGAUGAACCAGAUCCCCAACAUUAACACCGACUUUCUGGAGCUUUAUGACCGCCGGCUGCUCGACCCCAAUGCCCAAAAGGUGGCCGAGAAAAAGAGGAAAGACCAGUUCAAGAAGCUCAUCGCAGGAACUGUUGGGAAAGCUCUGUGCCACCAGUUCAAGAAAGAAGUCCAUAUCAAGAAUCUUCCGUCGCUUUUUAAGAAGGCGAAGCCAGAAACGGAUGUGCUGAGCAGCGAGGAGAUUUCGGGGAUCGCCGUACUCUUGGAGCCAGAGAAAAACUCCUUGUAAGUGAAGAGCAGCGACUUCAUAUUCUGGGACUCGAGUGCGACUGAGGUGUGCCGUAACCAACAUAUCUGUCAACAUUGCUUCAUUCAUUCUCCUUCUUUUUAUUAUUUUAAUUAUAACACUGCAUCUUCCCAACCGGAGACUCAACCUCAAAUCAUAAGCACAUGUGUUUUAUUUUCAACGGGGAAUAACAUUCACACUAAUUAUAAAUCAAGGUCCUGAUUAUAUUUUGCAUCAAAAUCUUUGUUGAGGAUGUAUUCCUUCACUUAAAGCAGAAAAGUCCCGGGAAGAAAAGGGUGUUUCCAAAAAAAUGUGGAUAGCCCCUUUGAUCAAUACUAAGAGGCUCACACUCCUUAUUUUGAUAUGAUUCUGUUAAACUGGAUGGACACUACUCUCAAUGUGGAUCAUCUGUUAUUCGGGACAUUUGCCAUGAAAGCUAUUUAACGGAACCAGAUUUCAACGUCUUGUUAAAAAGUGGAAAUAAGCUAAAGUUGUAAGAAAUGCAAAGUCCUGACUUUGGGUCGGAUGAGUGAGCAAUUUCCUGUAGUAAGUCCAAGUAUUUUUUAACUUUUCUUCUAUAUUAUCCAUGUGCCUAAGUGUCAUGGAAAUAGACAUGUGCCCUUAAAGGCGCGACGUUUAUAUUCCUUUAUGGUCCAAGUAAUUGUUUUUACCGGUAGUUACCAUGUUUGUUUACAAAUCUAAUUGAGGUUUUUUUCCUUUCCGUUAUGUAGGUUUAGCCCUAAGUUAGUUUUUUCCCUGCAUAUUUUGUGUUUUCUCUUCUUCAUUGCAUGUAGCAGGCAGCUUUGCAUUUUAGAUAAUGUACCAAAAAAGGUCCCUCUGCCUCCUACAAACUUUCAAAUUAGUUUCAAUAAUAUAGCCUCCACUCUCUCUGAAGAUUGCCCACUUUUUGUUUAAAAAAAAAACACACAAAGAAAAGUUGUUCACGCUUACAUUUUUAAGUGUAGUGUUGUUAGUAUUUUGCUUUUGAAUAAAAUAAAUGAUUUGUUUAAAA